AUGCAUAAGGAUGAAGUCAGGGCCGAUAGCGCCAGCGUAGGGUCUGACAUAGGCCUAAAGUAUUUCAUCGCAGGAAAUCCGGGCCGUAGCAGUACGAUUAUGGAGGACAUGGAGCUUUCCUAUUUGGAAUUUACGGAUUUGGCGGUGACUGUCAGUUCCAAGGAAAUACUGAAGGGCGUUUCUGGCAUUGUGUACAGUGGGGAUCUAUUGGCUGUUAUGGGUCCCACCGGAUCUGGAAAGACAACCUUACUUAAUACACUGGCGGGGAAAAUUCCAGUUGUUUCCGGGAGUGUACAUUUAAACGGACUACCUUUUGACAAAGCACUCCGUCGUCGUCUUGGUUAUGUCAUGCAAAGCGAUGUAUUCUUGCCUAAUCUGACGUUGUGGGAAACACUUUAUUUUAUAGCAAUGGUAAGAAUACCGGACAGAUUCACAAAGGAAGAAAAGACAGACCGUAUAAACAUCAUAGUUAAGUUUCUCGGCCUUCAGAAAUGUCUACAGACGGUUAUCGGACGUACAUAUAGUCAUGGCCUAUCAGGAUUGUCUGGAGGGGAGAAAAAGAGGGCUAGUAUUGCUUGUGAGCUGCUGACGGACCCAGAUAUUCUCCUCUUAGAUGAGCCGACUUCCGGUUUAGACUCCAGCACUGCACACACGCUGAUGGUUCAGCUGAAGAACUACGCCACAGGAUACAACAAGACGAUAGUGGCCACAAUACACCAGCCCUCCAGCCAAGUGUUCCAUAUGUUCUCUACCUUACUGCUGCUCGUGGAAGGGGAGAUGGCGUAUUUUGGUCAUGCAAGUUCAGCCAUGGGUUACUUUACAGAUCUUGGAAUGCCCUGCAUUCCGGAUUAUAAUCCAGCUGACUUCCUUCUGGAAUUACUGACAUCAGAUUCGAAUGCAAUUGAAUUAUUGAAGGAAAAGGGCAAAACGAUCAGAAUAUAUUCUCCUGUAUCAGAGAACGAACAGCCUGUGAAUAGGAGAUACUCCUACACGGGUGAUGGAACCGAACUCAAACAGUUACAGGCCGACAAUGAUGUGAAUCCGAAAAUCCAUAAUGGAAACAAUGGCAGUUUUCCUGUACGCCAGGAAACUGAUGUAAUACGGAAGGAGAGAUCGGUAGGAUCCUACCGGUUAUCAGCCUACUACCUGUCUAAGAUAACUAGCGAACUACCACUACUGCUGGUCAUCCCGACACUGUUUAACACGGCCGUGUACUGGGCAGCCGGUCUUGGAGGUGUGGGCGGUUAUUUUGCCUUCUGUGGUCUUGGCAUUCUUAAUUGUCUUCUCAUACAGGGUGUGGCACAUAUCAUAGGCGUCUGUAUUACCGACCUGACGCUCAGCAUGCUCAUCAUGGACUGCUUCAACAUAGGCGGUCUGCUGUUAGGUAAACUUGAUCCGGAAUCACAAACUCCUUAA